ACGAGUCUUUUCUCGGCAUUUAUGUGCUUUCGUUUCUCGUUCGUGAGCUCUCCAUCAUCUUAUUACUCCUUACUGUUGACAUUUUGCUCCAGCCUUGAAACGAAACACUGUAGCAUUGUUUCGCUCCACACAUGAAGGUCUGCGCUUGUCCUCCUCCUCCUCCAACUCCCCGUUCUUCUCUUGCAUCGAUUGUUUCUUCUGUGAGUUUGAGGGAGCCAUGCAUCUCUAUGCUGUCCACUAUAAUUGCCAAGCUGACCUGUGCAAUUCUGACUCUCUUAUCUGCAGAAGUGGGUGCAAUAUUGGGAGUCCUGAUAGGAGCUUUUGCUGGCCUGAAAACGGAGAAGGGAUUUCUCCAUGGAGCCAUAACUGGAGCGGCAAAUGGGGUCAUUUUAUCCAAAAAGAUCCUUGAAAUAUUACUUGCUACGUGGGAUUCUAAUGAUACAGUAAUCGCAUGCUUCUUUUCUUUGCUUGACUCAGUUGCAUAUAUCAUGAGUGGAAGAUACCAUCCUCAACGAUUCAAUCCAACCAAAAUAGAUGAAGAAGAGAGUGAGGUUGAUAUUGUCAUCCUCGUCGAUGCAACCUACAAGCUGAUAUGAUAUAUAACAAGGUGUCCAUGCACUUCCCUAAAAGAAGUUUUCAAAUAUUAUUUAUUUAAUAAGAGAUCAUAAAUAAUUAAUGGAUACUUUUAUGGUCUGUAAUUUAUUAAUAUUCUAUUAUUUUCAGGCUUUUAGUUUUCUAUUUUGUUUUGAUGCAAAAGACAAGCAUUAUAUGAUCAAGUUGUGCGUACCAUCACUUUGGUGGCGUUGAACCACAAUUUA